AAUAUGACAGGACAACUCAGGUUACUACACAUAGCUUGUGCUGCAAAAGCAAAGCAGAGAAAUAUAACAUUGGCACGGUCUACAAGAGAUUCAGUACUUCGUUUUUCAGUAUUAGGGGGAUAUGACAGAGGCUGUGGGAUAUUUAUUUCAAAAGUGGAAAAAGGCUCCAAGGCACAAGAAGUUGGUCUCCGAAGAGGAGAUCAGAUUUUAGAAGUCAAUGGUCACAAUUUUGAGAGAAUUUGUCAUGGCAAAGCUCUAGAAGUGUUACGAGGAACUACUCAUCUAUGUCUAACUGUCAAAACUAAUAUGUUAGCUUUUAAAGAAAUGUUAAGUACACCAGAGAAUCCUGAUCGGAGGAUGAGUCGAGAAUUAUCCAGAUUACAGUCAGAUCCGCGGGGAAGGUUGUCAAUUCCUGAUAUUGCUGCUACAUUGCCGUCAUCUUCACCCUCAAUAAAAGCAAAAGACCGAGACAAGAAAGGGUUUGCCACACUGGGACAUAAAGCCAGAAUACGGAGGGCAAUGGCAAAGCUUAGUAUUCUGCCGAAUAAAAAUGUACAUGGGAGUGACUCUCAACUUAACAGAGUACAAGAUGAUAGUAAUAUGCCGGGGAAGCGUACCAGUGUUUCCAGUUUACCGAGUAGUUUUCUUAGCAAUAGCAAUCCUGACCUCACAGCACCACAGAAUUUUGAACCGUUUAAUGGCCGACCUGAUUUUCCCGACAACGUAGUCAAGGUUUAUAAAGCUGAUCAAACAUGUAAAUAUUUUUUAGUUCACAAGGAGACAACAGCAAGGGAGAUUGUCAUGUUAGCCAUGAGGGAGUUUGGAUUUACAGACAAUCAAAAUUGUGGUAAAUACUCGCUAUGUGAGGUGUCAGUCUCGCCUGAAAGCGUUGUAAAACAGAAGCGGCUUCCAGAUCACUUAAGUAACUUGAUGUCCAGGUCAUCUCUGACGGGAAGGUACUACCUCAAAAAUAACAUGUCAACGGAACAACUGGUUACUGACGAGAUUGCUGUGGAGCUUCUGAAAGAAGGAGUGGUGAAUUUUUUACAGCUCAAUGGUUCUGAAGUUGCAAUACAAAUGACGCUUCAUGAUUUUGAGAAAUUUCAAUCAAUUGAACCAACGGAGUACAUAGAUGACCUAUGGCGAAAUAACUCAAAACACGGCACAAUUAAACUUAAAGAAUUUGAAGAGCUUGUGAACCGAGAAAUGUUCUGGGUUGUCACGGAAAUUGUCAGUGAACUUAAUCAAUUGAAACGAGUGAAGAUAAUUAAACAAUUCAUUAAAAUUUCAA